CCGUUCCGAGUACGCUCCGUGAAAUGGCUUUAAAAUUGAGAAAUUCUUAAGUUUUUUGGACGAUUUGAUCAAAAUAAAGGUGAUAAGAGUGAAUUCAGGUCGUUUCCCAACUUCCGCUGUUGUUCGCAUUACAAAAGUGGAUCGGAAAAGUGUAAACAACGUGGAGAACCGCAGAUUUCCAAAAAUUUUUACUAGAGAGUACAGAAAUCUUUUGGCAAGAUCGGGCUGGCUCGGAAACCGCUCCGCUUGGAGAACCUGGGAACGUGUCUGUAAACACACUUUUGGGGUCCCACUUUCUAGUUCGCUUCAGUCCGAUUUCGUUGCCUUACGAUCCUGGCUAGCAAUGGCCGGAAGAGGACGAGGAAAGGCCACCGGAACGCUUACACAAGAGCAGCUGCAAUCUUUGGGUGUAACCAGCAAAGAAAUCCAGACAGUCACAUCGGCCGCUCCACCGCCGGUUUUUCCUGUGUUGCUGUCGAAACCGGUUUCUUUGGAGUCCAGUGUUGAUAGGAAUUACAAAAUCCUGUGGAAGGAAGACUUCAUUUCCUAUUUGCGCGAAUCCGCAUAUUUUACCACUAAAAAAUGUUCCAAGCUGUCCGUUCAACGCUAUUCGGACAAAGUUAUCAAUGUAAUUGAGAAUGAUCCCAAAACGAAGCACGACGGAGAUUUCCUUUGGAGUUGCAUGCCAGCGGAGUUAAUGCCCAAUUUCAAGCGAGCAAAGCAGAUGAAUGCUGCAUCGAAACCGAAGCGACCUCGCACGGUGGAAGAUAUUGAUGCAACGUUACAGGCUCUUGAGCAGAAAGAAAGCACCGCAGCCAAGGCAGAAGGGGCAAAGAAGGAGAAAAGUGAAACAGAUGACGAGAAUGAGGAAGAUUUGGAAGAAGAGAUAGUGGACGAAGAGAUGGACGACGACAAUGAUUACGGUAACAACUAUUUCGAUAAUGGUGAAGCCUACAACGAGGAAGAUGAUAACCUCGACGAUGGGCCUGUUUAUUGA